AUGCGACUGUUUCUUUCCGCGGGAACGGUCCGUCGCGUGCGCAUUGUCCUCCUGCGCGCAACUCACCUCCCAUUCGUCAUGCUCAUUUGGGUCUAUGAGUCCAGCUGGCGCCAUCUGAAUCAACGGACUACCGGUCUCCCUCCACUAUCAACGGCAGGACCUGGUGCUUCUGCCGGCGAGCCGAGUGCCUCCAGAUGCCAGGACCCACAUCAUCUUUCCGCAGCCGAAACACGUCCAGGCCCUGGAAAUGAACGAACCGACGUGGAGCGGCACGAUGUGCGUGAACCAGAUUCGGCGCGGGGCAAAGAGACACAGAUUGCGGAUGUGAUCGACGCAAUUGAACAGCUUCGAGUGCAAGUGGAGCGCGUAGCUACGACGUUCGCGCAGCCGCCGGCCCGCUGA